UUGUCCCCACCUGCAGCACUGCAUUUCCUUUCAGGACGGAAAUGAAAACCAAAAAACCGGAGGAAACAAAUUCCUUACAUUUCUGUAAUCCGUAAUAUCGAUCCAUCAAAUUCAAAAAGAACAAAGGACACAAACGAAAAGAAAGAGAACGGCAAAGGAAACUGAAAAACAAAAAUGGGAGUUCCUCACACGAUGGAAUUGCUUCGGGAGCGAGCAACGUUCAUGAAAGAAGCGUUGCAAAAAAGCCAAACCAUCACUGAUAGUAUGGUCGCCAUUCUCGGCUCCUUUGACCACCGCCUCUCCGCCCUCGAAACCGCCAUGCGUCCUACUCAGAUAAGAACGCAUUCUAUUAGAAGAGCGCAUGAGAAUAUCGAUAAAUCAUUGAAAGCCGCUGAGGUUAUCUUGACUCAAUUCGACGUUACACGGAAGGCAGAGGCUAAAAUUCUGAGAGGGCCACAUGAAGACUUAGAAAUGUAUUUAGAGGCAAUUGAACAGCUGAAAAGCAAUGUCAAGUUUUUUAGCAGCAAUAAGAAUUUUAAGAGUAGUGAUGGGGUGGUUAACCAUGCCAAUCAAUUACUUGCUAAGGCUAUCUCAAAGCUAGAAGAAGAGUUUAGACAACUACUAAAUAAUUACAGCAAGCCCGUGGAACCUGAUCAUCUGUUUGAUUGCCUUCCCAACUCUCUACGACCAUCUUCAGGAUCGCCUAGGCACCAAGGAGCAGCUAAUGCAAAGAGUACUGAGAACAACAAGAGCUCAGAAGCUCCCAUUUACACAGUUCCAACUCUUAUUCCUCCAAGGGUUCUGCCACUAUUACAUGAUCUAGCUCAACAAAUGGUUCAGGCUGGCCAUCAGCAACAACUUUUUAGAAUCUACAGGGACAUCCGUGCCUCAGUUUUGGAGCAGAGCCUUAGGAAAUUAGGUGUUGAGAGACUCAGCAAAGAUGAUGUCCAGAAAAUGCAAUGGGAGGUUCUGGAGGCCAAGAUUGGGAAUUGGAUACAUUACAUGCGGAUUGCUGUCAAACUGCUAUUUGCUGGGGAAAAGAAAAUUUGUGAUCAAGUACUUGCUGGUGUUGAUUCUCUUAGGGAUCAAGUAUUUGCUGAAGUCACUGUAAAUAGUGUAGCUGUGCUGCUUAGUUUUGGAGAGGCCAUAGCCAAAAGCAAGAGAUCUCCUGAGAAAUUAUUUGUUUUGUUAGAUAUGUAUGAGAUUAUGAGGGAACUUCAAAAAGAGAUUGAAUCACUAUUUGGUAGUAAAGCUUGCAUUGAAAUGCGGGAAACUGCAUUGAGUUUGACAAAGCGGCUAGCUCAGACAGCUCAGGAAACCUUUGGUGAUUUUGAAGAAGCGGUCGAAAAAGAUGCUACCAAAACUGCUGUUCUUGAUGGAACUGUACAUCCUCUGACUAGCUAUGUGAUAAACUACGUGAAGUUUCUAUUCGAUUACCAAUCAACAUUGAAGCAACUCUUUCAAGAGUUUGAUGCAAGUGAUCCAGAAGCUCAGUUGGCAACAGUAACUACAAGGAUUAUGCAGGCUCUUCAGAAUAACUUGGAUGGGAAAUCCAAACAGUACAGAGAUCCUGCACUAACUCAACUAUUUCUGAUGAACAACAUUCACUAUAUAGUGAGAUCUGUGCGGAGGUCAGAAGCGAAGGAUUUGUUGGGAGAUGACUGGGUGCAAAUACAUAGGAGGAUCGUACAGCAGCAUGCUAAUCAGUACAAGAGGGUUUCUUGGGCUAAGAUUCUGCAAUGCCUCACAGUUCAAGGCCUUGGUUCAAGCGGUGGAUCUGGAAUGGCAACCGAUAGUGGUGGACUUUCAAGAGCAAUGGUGAAAGAUAGGUUCAAGACCUUCAACAUACAAUUUGAAGAGCUUCAUCAAAGACAAUCUCAGUGGACAGUUCCUGACAGUGAAUUGCGCGAAUCUCUGAGACUGGCUGUUGCGGAAGUCCUCUUGCCUGCAUACAGAUCUUUCUUGAAACGCUUUGGGCCAAUGAUUGAUGGUGGGAAAAACCCACAAAAGUACAUCAGGUACACUCCUGAGGAUCUUGAUCACAUGCUAAAUGAGUUCUUUGAGGGUAAGACGUGGAAUGAACAAAAGCGGUAAACAUGUACAAAAGAUCUCUCUCUCUCUCUCUCUAUAUAUAUAUAUAGAUAUAUAUAUAUAUAUUCUUUUUUCCAAUAUUGCAAUUAGAUACUUGGGCAUUAUUAACAAAUGCAGUUCAUUGUAAAAUUCAUGGCUAAACAAUAGGUGCCCUUUUCAUUUGUAAUAAUCCUUGCGGUUCCAUCUUCUUGAAAAUCCCAGUUUGCUUAUAGAUUUCAUUUGCUAUUCUUGGGUAUGCUCA